UGAAAAGAUCACGCGCAGCUCGGCCGUUCGGAAAAGUCUGUAUUAGAACGACUUGAAAUCAAAGUGCGGAAAGUAUAAACGCUUUGCUCCUCUCAGGAAGUGCUUUGCAACUUUGUCCCUUAUCGUAGUGAUAAUGUCGUGUUGCUUAUCGUCCAUCAGUCAUAAAACAUCGGUGUGAUUUUAUGUGCAUGUUUGGAACUGUCAAUAUCGAAGCUGAUUAGGGUUACACACAAAUAUAACCAAUUUGCCGCGGAUCCACAUGACCUCGUGGCGUGCGUGACUGAAAUUGUUCUUGCUAAAAUUGAAAACGUGUCACGACUUCCGCCGUCAUGUCUCGGAGAGUGCCAAAACCUCUGAUAACCAAAGAAACUAGAGAUUACUUAAUGAGCACGCACUUCUGGGGCCCGGUAUUCAACUGGAUGAUACCUAUAGCGACCAUAUCCGACACGCGAAAGCAUCCGAGAAUCAUUAGCGGCAAAAUGACUUUGGCCUUGACCCUCUAUUCCAUGGUAUUCAUGCGAUUCGCUUGGAAGGUACAACCGCGAAAUUUGUUGCUGUUGGCGUGCCACAUGACUAACGCCGGGGCCCAACUCACGCAAGGUUACAGGUACCUUGACUACCACUAUGGCGGGAAGCAGCAACUCGACCAGAAGAAAUGGUAGCCAUGCGAAAAAUACAGCAUGCGUACAUUUACGCUUUCUUGCAAAUAUAAAAUCCUCUCUCUCUCUCUCUCUCUCUCUCUCUCUACACAUAUUCGUUUAUUGGUCUAUCUUUGCUCGGGGAACUUCGUUUUAAGGUAAUUGUAGCAGAAUAACAACGACUCAAUAUAUAAGUGAAGAAAUACUCAAACAUUAUUAUUCUUUCUGUAGUGCGGUGAAAAAUUAAGUUUAAGAUGGAUGCAAAAUAUUCGAAGCAGAUAAAAAAGAAUAAGAAAGUUACAGCGUUAUCUUGGGAGAUUGUUUCUGUUCAUCCACACUUUUUAUCGCGCGCAAAUGUAUAUAAAAAUAUAUUCUAUGCUAUCGUUGCUUCUUAUCAACUAGUAACGCUCUGGUACUCGCGGCAAGCUUCAUCGUUGCCCAACACUUUUAUUGCAACAAUCUCAGAUGCAAACAAUAGCGGCAGCAGCAUUACGUUUAACUGCGGCAAUUAUUAAAAAGCGUGCGCGUAAGCGUGUAAUGUAUUGUAAUAAUUGCUAAUAUAUUGGAAAGCCGGCUCCUCGGGGUCUGGCGUAAUGUACCCUGGCGCAAUGUUAACACUGUUGCGUAUAACCGAGCGAUUCCGCUUAUUAAGUUAUUCCGUUACUAUUCUUCUGGUAAUUGUGGCUAACGCGAUAUUUAUGAUUCAGCGAUUGCUAGAACGAGACCAAGCCGCACACUCCAAGACGUGUGUAGCGCCUUGUUUUUUUGCUAGAUUAUCUAUUUCUCUUCGACGUUAACACGAAGAUGAUCAGAGAUCACGCGGUUUUUCUCACAUGAGAUAUUUACAGCAUUUGCGCUUAAGUGAUAUCGUUCUUUCAUUCGUUUCUCCACCCACGAGUUCUCGGUGGUGACUUUCAA